CAAAGAUCCACAAUUAUUACAUCUACCGGUAUCUAUAAAUAUCAACCUAUAGCAAUCAAUUUCACCCCCAAAUUUAGCCUAAAUUCUAUUGCGAUGCUUCACUCACAAACACACUGGACAAAAUCCAGAAAAAACCCAGUUUAAAUCUUGAAUUUUACUUGUUGAUUCUGUGAUUUGAUCAAAUUAUGAGGAAGAGGGAGAGGGAAAAUCCAUGUGGUGUUUGUGGGCAUUAUCACAAAUAUGAAGAAGGCGAAGUUUGUGGGAUCUGUGGACAUCGAAUGCCUGAUGUAUCUGAAAAGGGUUCUUCAAUUCAUGUCAGUGCGUUUCCUUCGGAGAUCUUGCCGGAGUUUCUUUUUCUAGGGAGUUAUGAUAAUGCUUCUCGAGCUGAGCUUCUCAAAACCAUCGGAAUUUCUCGGAUUCUCAAUACAGUACCUGCUUGUCAGAAUCUUUAUAAAAAUUCCUUUACUUAUCACUGCCUACAAGAUGAGCAAAAUUUGGCUUUUGAUGAUGCUAUCCAAUUUCUAGAACAAUGUGAAAAGGAUAGGGCUCGUGUUCUUGUGCACUGCAUGUUAGGUAAAAACAGGUCGGCAGCAAUUGUAAUUGCUUAUUUGAUGAAAAGUAAAGGGUGGAACCUUGCACAGAGCCUUCAGUGGACGAAAGAGCGAAGACCCUCUGUUGACCUAAAUCAAGAGGUCUACCAGCAGCUACAGGACUACGAGCAGAAGAUCUUUGUGUCACUUCAGAGCAAGCCCAGCCCCGUCAUGCUAGCCUUCUCUUCUCCCAUGACAUCCUUCAACUUUGGCUUCCCAAAGACCGGUGAUCAUAUUCCUGCUCCAGCCUUCAACAAUUCUAGUGCUCCUUCAGUUUUCUCCCCUCCUUCUUUUGAAGUUCCUCCACAGGGAUUCACUUUUGGAGCUGCUCAUAAUCAACAUACCGCCUCAGAAAACCCUUUGAAUGCUAAUCCAAAUCCAAAUGGUAGCGACAUUGCCAUGGACUUGUGAAAAAUCCUCAACUUCAACAAGUAUUUUAAGGUUAUGCAAGUCGCUGAUGCCAAUAUACCUCGUUUUUCAGAAGGUUGGAUGUGAAGUGUGAGAAAAUACUUAUAAAUUACUAGUUGUAGAGUUUGACAUGCUCAUAUCUUAGGGUGCCAUCAAAAUGGAUUUGUCCAGGAAAUGCAAGUAACUAUUGCCCAAUAUAUAUGAAAUACUAAGGAAUGUUUUCACUUGAUCUCUUAGAGAAAAUGAUCAAUAUGGUCCUUAAUCUAUUGAGGUUGUUUUAUUUUGGUUCUUAAUAUAUUUUAGGU